CCUUGAAUUGAUUAUAAAGUAUUAGAAAAUUAUGUCUCUAAUAAUUCAUGAAGACGUUAUACUUAGCGCAAGUUCUAGAAUGGAACGUUCUCAUAAUGUAAUGAUUAACCAGGUAUGUUUGGAGCUUAGGAUCGAUAGCAAAGAACAGAAAUAAGGAAAUUUAAUAAGUUCUGAGAAUAAGUCCAUUGUAUUCGAAGCCGUAAAUUGGAUGAUAUCGGGCCUAUAAGAAUGUAAUCAACAAGUUAAUAAGAGGGAUGCAGAGUGUCAAUAACCCGUGGGCAAAAAGUAUCGUAGGGCGACUGGAACUACCGUUUCCAAGCAACCGAUACCCUUCAUCCAUCACAACAAACGGCGCAUAAAUUAUUUCAGACUUUUGAAACCGCCAGCGAACGUCAAAUUAAUGUACGAACGAGCCGAUUGCGAAAGACCUUUACCAAUAAUGCGAAUGACGAUCAUCCGUCAUGUCAGGAAAUGAAGAAUCGGACCCUCUAAAUCCGCCAACUCACGGCACCAUCCCCAAAUGGCUGGAAGACAUCGCAGACUCCGUGACGAAGGUUGUUAAACUUGAUCAUUCCGGUUUGCAGCACUUCGGCGACUCUUUGACAAAUUUGGAUAUACCCAGCAGCUCGGAUAGCUUGAUUUUAUCGCCCUCAUCGAGACCAUCGUCGUCCGCUAAGUAUGGUAGACGUGCUUCGGUGACGACGCAAUUGAACGCGUUAACAAGCCCCAAAAACAUUACAAUAUCGAAAUCGGAAUAUCUGAUGCCAAAAGUUGGUGAAGCUUUCGACUUUUCCGUACUCGAUAAGAGCGGAGAUCAAGCCUCACUGGAGAAGUCUUGGAAGAGUCUGAGUCUAUUCCAGCAGAGCCAUAAGGGAAGACUGGAUAGUGCCAAACCACCAGAAGAGCCGCACUUCAGCUACUGCGGACCGUCCAUUUCAGAGUACUUUGAUUCCGUGUUGUCGCCAGUAUCAUCUUUAUCUUCGAAUUCCGAAAAUGAAAAGACUUACAGCCCGUCGAUGUUCGAAGUGCAGCAAGAGCAGCAGAUGCCAAGCAGGAGCAAGAGCGAGAUGUCCUCGUAUCUAUCACAGAACAACAAUAUACGAAAGUUGGCGGAAGCGCCGUGUCCGAUUGGAAACAUCAGCAAAUCAAAGUCGAGCGAGAACGUUUUCCCGCUGUACGAUGAGAGCUUGUACUUUGGAAGCGAGAACGAUCUGAAUUUCUCGACUGCCAAAAUGACGGAUUACAAGAUGAAAGUUGCCAAAGAGAAUCAGCUCAGGCAGCAGAUCAUCAACGAGCUGCUGUCGGAGAACGAGAAAAUCACCGGUAUCAAGGUGGAGCGAUCGCCGAGUUUGUCCGAAACGAAGAGCAAAUACAGUUGCAAUGACGCGAGUCAAUUCGUUAUACCUGAGUUACCUGUUGGAAAGGUACUAGUCAUUAACAUACUUAGCACCUGGGGCGAUAAGUACUACGUGGGUUUAAACGGCAUCGAAAUUUUCGGGGAUGAUGGACGGAUAAUAUCUGUGGAAAGCAUUAUAGCAACACCAGCCGACGUCAACGUUCUCCCAGAAUGCAACAACGAUCCGAGAGUUGUCACGAAUUUGAUAAAUGGUGUUAACAGAACUCAGGAUGAUGUUCAUCUAUGGUUGGCGCCGUUCAAUAAAGGAGACAAGCAUAGUAUAACCAUCAUUUUUCAAGAGUUAUCACACAUUUCCAUGAUGCGCCUUUGGAACUACAAUAAAUCUCGAAUACACUCGUACAGAGGCGUGAGAGAUAUCGUGAUGUGUUUGGACGAUGAAGUUAUCUUCAGAGGUGAAAUCGCGAAAGCUUGUGGUGGAAUCAUGGGAGGUGUUGAUGCGUUCGGUGAUACUAUACUGUUUACUGUAAACGAAGAAAUUCUCGAGUUGAUUUCUCAGAAUGAUCGCUCUUUUCCCACGCUGACUGCGGAAAAAAUCGAAACGCCUCUCAAUAACGAGCAGAGACCUCCAACAUCCGCGCUAAAAACCAGCGAAAGCUUUCGGCCGUAUACCGGAGCUCAGAAGACUGAUGAAGGUGAACAGAUAUUGUUGGGAGCGAAACGUUUGGAUAUCAUUCUGUCUUCGAAUUGGGGCUACGCGAACUUGAUAGGCCUUACAUCAAUCGAAGUGUUUCAAGGUAGCGACUCGGCGAUUCCGGUGAAGGAGGAAAAUCUCAUAAGCGAUUCAAAGAUCGAGCAACUUUACAUGAGCAGACUCUUCAACGGCGUCAACGUCACAACUGAUAGUUCUCAGAUGUGGUUCCACAAGUACAAGUAUGGACAAGAAAUAGUGAUAUCCAUAGAGUUCGAAAACUUCGUUUAUAUAUCAGGAUUGCGGUUUUGGAAUUACAACGCCAAUUUGGAAAUGACAUACGCCGGAGUCAGUCGAGUUAAGGUCUUGCUGGACAGAAAGUUGAUUUCGAAUCCGGUGACCAAGGACGACUUCUUUAUAUUGAGAAGGGCUCCGGGGAAUGUUAACUACGAUUUCGUUCAGGAAAUAAUUUUGGGUGAUUGCGAUUCACUGGUUCACACAGUCUGCACUAAUCCGAGCUUCAUAAUCUCUGGAAAUAACAGAGAUGAGGAUUCUUAUGAAAAUCCUUGGAUGCCGGAAGGAUUCGUCUUCGAAAUCGUCGUGUUUACCACAUGGGGUGAUCAGUACUAUUGUGGAUUAAAUGCUAUAGAAUUGUACGAUUAUAAGGGAAGGAAAAUUAAUUUAGAAGAUAACAAUAUAUGCGCUUAUCCUGAAAGUAUAAACGUUUUACCUAAUAUAUCUGGUGAUGUCAGGACACCAGAUAAACUGAUCGAUGAUGUGAAUGAAGGAGAGGAUGGAUUAAACUCUUGGUUGGCUCCGAUCAUCCCGAAAUGCUUGAAUCGAGUCUACAUAGUUUUGGAUAAUCCGGUGAGCGUGUCUGUGAUAAAACUGUGGAACUACUCGAAAACGCCGAGUCGAGGAGUCAAAGAGUUUGGAAUUUUGGUGGACGAUUUGUUGGUUUACAACGGAAUUUUGGAUAAAUCCUCUCCGAAGAAUAGUAUUAAAUACCAAACAGUUUUAUUCACCGACGAUAAGAACGUCGUUGAGCAAGAAUCGCUGAGACCAAGCGCUAAAUUACAUCAUUUAUGCUCAAGAACAACGACUGGUGGUUCCUUACCUAACGCCGAUCCCGCACUGAGGCCCUUCACUGCGGUGAGUCCUUUCAGAGCCCAAAGCCAUUGAUGUUGCUGCAAAGUUCUUCACCUGUUGAAUUA